GUAUGGUCCCAAAAUGCCUCUCGCAGUGGAUUGCACCGCUGAACUGAUCCGUUGUAAGGUCCUGGAUUCAUCUGGCAGGGUGAAGUCGCAUGAGCUCAUCCUCUCUUAUGGGCUGGCUCUUGUAAGGUUUGUCAACUUGAUCACAGAAAGGAAACAGAAAAUGGUCAGCAUUCCUCUGAGGCAAUUAGCAAAAGAGGUGGAUAUCCCUAUCUGGGUUGUGGAUCUUCGUCACGAGCUGACCCACGGGAAGCUGCCACGUCUGGCUCUGUGCCGCAAGGGUUGUGAUGUUGUACUGGACUGGCUGCGAAAGACCUAUUGGAGCCGUCAGCUGGGCAAUAACUUGUGUGAAGAAAGUGAGGAGGAAGAUGAGGAGCAGGAAGAAGUGGAAGAAAAUGCAGAGUUGGACAAUGAUGAAUGGGAGAUUCAAACCCCCCAGCACGAGGCCUGUCAGAAACACAAGGAAUUCCAUGAGAAAGUCAGAGAUGUGCUGAUAUCCUACAAGAAUGAGCAGUUUCGGGUUAUGCAGGCUGCACUGUCUGUUUCAAAGAAUCGAGAGCUGUGGUCUGAUACCUCUUCAGAAGUGGACUGGAUUUUGGCUCAGAUCAAAGACCUGAUGCAAGAGAACAGGGAGACAGUAGCUGAAGCUCUUCUCAGUGAUGGCUUUCUCAUCCCAAAGAUGGAUUGUCUGAAGAUGCUAAAUAUCAAGUACGAAGCAAAUAAAGAGUUAUGGCAGUUCAAAAUUCCUCAGACAUUUUACUGCUUUUGGCAGCCUUUGCUGACAGGCCUCCUUUCCCGAAGUUUUACACAGAUCCUGAUAGAGAAAAUGUUCAUGGAGCUGAAGGAAUGUUCUGACUCUUCAGAACUCCGGCCUCAGUUCUUAAUCAGCUGGAUUUCUGAGAUGCUGACUGGCAUUGCCAAAGUUAACGCUGGGAAGAAGAGACAGCAGUGUAACAAACAGGUGUCAGUGAAGGAGCUGUUCCUUCAUAAAGUUCCUUUGCAAUGGAUAAGACUGACUGACAAUUGCUUGGAAGCUCCCUGCUGGGCAACCCCACACCUUCUUCAGCUGAUCCUCACAAUCAUGAGACCUCGCUUGCCACGUUCUUCACGGAAGAACCUUCUCUAUCUCGCUUCCAUUUACACAGAAGGAGGUGGCCCUUUGUCCAGCCCAGGCCUCUCUUUAGACAGCAGCGAACAGCCAAUUUACACUAUAGAGAGCUUACAGUGGAAAACCAGGCAAGAAAAUCAGGUUAAAAAUCAAGGGCAGACUGUAGAGAAACAAGAUGAUCUGCUGGAGAGAGACAACAGCGUAGAGGAGGUGGAGGAGGAGGAAGAAGAGAUGGUAACUGAAACUAAUCCUUUGGAAGGACUCGCUCAUUCUGGUAACAUGGUGGCUAUUGCUGAGAAAAGGGCAGCACUGCAAGGAUCUGCUUGGCAGAUCACUGCAGAUGAAGUUCGAUGGCAAGACUUUCCUCUUGGGAAACUCCCCGGUCAGACAGACGACCCUGAUGGUCUCAUGUUGGAUAAUUAUUCCAUGAUGUCCCUGCUUGACCAGCCAGUGAGAGAUGAGUGGAAGCCUCCCAAUACAAACUCUGCAGAACUGAAUAUUCCUGUGAGAGGAGGAUUGUUGUGGACUCAGAGUGACUUCCAUAAAAUAAAAAGUGGCCUUCAGCUUUUCUGA